AUGACUCAGACUGAAGGCACCACUAUGGUUAACGACGACAGCAACAUUCCCGCUAAAACCACCAAAAAGGGUGGCUGGCAUGCUGCCAUCUUCAUCACAUGUGUGGAAUUUGCGGAGCGAUUUACUUCGAUGGGUUUGUCUGCAAAUUUGAUAACAUACUUAACAAAAGAGCUUAGCGAAUUUUUAGACAAGGCAAUGAUCAUUGAUGAGCAUGAUGUUGCCAAUAACACAAGAGAUCCAUGGAGGUUGUGCACAUUAAAUCAAGUUGAAGAAGUGAAGCUUGUCCUUCGAUUAAUUCCAAUAUGGCUAAGUUGUUUGAUGUUCGUAGUUGUCCAAAGUCAACUAGCAACAUUUUUUGUGAAGCAAGGUAGCACAAUGAACCGUUCCCUCGGACCAAACUUUCAAAUUCCUCCGGCAUCGCUUCAAGGCGUUGUCGGAGUUAUAAUUCUUUUCGCCGUCGCAUCUUACGACCGAAUCUUCGUCCCAAUUGUCCGGAAAUUCACCGGACAUCAAUCCGGCAUAACGGUUUUACAAAGGAUUGGAAUUGGUCUUUUUUGUUCCACACUUUGUAUGGUUGUCUCGGCACUCGUAGAGGGCAAAAGAGUAAAUGCGGCUAACCAACACAAGAAUAAUUAUAAUACUAUUGAAGGUUUUUCACCUAUGAGUAUAUGGUGGUUACUGCCUCAAUAUGCUAUUCUCGGCGUCGCCGAUGCGUUCGCGGUGGUUGGACUUCAAGAAUUGUUCUAUACUCAGAUGUCGGAGGCGAUGAGAAGCGUCGGCGCCGCCGCGUUUUUAAGCGUUUUAGGGGUUGGAAAUUUUGUUGCCAAUGCUAUUAUUGAUAUUGUGGUGGAAAUAACUUCAAAAAGUGGGGGGAAAUGGUUGGUGGGAAACAAUUUGAAUAAGGCACACCUUGAUUACUUUUAUUGGGUGUUGGCUGGGUUAAGUGCUCUAAGCUUAGGUCUUUAUUUAUUAGUCUCUAGUAGUUUUGUCUACAAAAAGGUGCAUGUGUAAGAUUAGUAAUGGUGUUUGGCUUUUGUUAUUUA